AUGGUGCCCAUCAUUUUUAUGAGUACCUUUUUGCUUCAAUUUACUGUUUCUGAGGCUUUGAACCCGCAAUAUAUUCUAUGGGUCCCCUCUGUGAUGCAAAGUCAUUCUACAGAACAAGCUUGUCUCCACCUUUUAAACCUGAAUGAAUCUGUGUCCUUGAGUGUUGUCUUAGAAUAUGAUGGAUCCAAUAGCACUAUUUUUGACCAGACUGUGGAAGAGGAUAACUUCUAUGCUUGUGCAAAUUUUGAGGUUUCCCACACGUCUCCUGAACAGAUGGCUUUUGUGACUCUGUUGGUUAAGGGAGAUACUCUUAAAAUCUUUGAGAGGAGAUCUGUAGCACUCUCUUCAGAAGAGACAGUGACCUUUGUGCAGACAGAUAAACCCAUCUAUAAAUCUGGAGAGAAUGUUAAACUUCGUAUCGUGACACUGGAUACUAAGUUCCUUCCUAUCAACGAAGUGUAUCCCUUGAUCACACUUCAGGAUCCUCAAGACAAUAGGAUUUUUCAAUGGCAAAAUGUGACCUCUUCUCAAAAUAUUACUGAACUCUCAUUCCAAUUGAUUUUAGAACCAGUGUUUGGAGAUUACUCUAUUGUCGUGAAAGAAAAAUCAGGAAAGACAUUGACACACCAAUUUACUGUUAAUAGAAAUGUGUUGCCCAAGUUUGAAGUUAAAGUCAGUGCACCACAAACAAUAACUAUUUCAGAUGAUGAAUUCCAAGUCAGCACAUGUGCUAAGUAUACCUUUGGCCAACCUGUACAUGGGAAAGUCCACGUCCAGGUGUGCAGGGAAUUUUUUUCCUCUGGGGCUUGUGAGAAAGACAAGAAUGAAAUAUGUGAACAGUUUGUUGCACAGUUGAAAAAUGGUUGUGUUUCUCAAAUUAUAAAUACCAAAGUCUUCCAACUCUACCGUUCUGGACUCUUCAUGUCAUUUUAUAUCACCACAACUGUUACAGAAAUUGGGACAGGUGUGCAAAUCAGCGAAAAGUCUUCUAUUUUUAUCACUCCAGUGCUUGGAAGUGUGAGCUUCAAGAACAUGGACCCUUUCUAUAGAAGAGGAAUUUCUUAUUUUGGAACUCUUAAAUUUUCUGGCCCUAAUAGUGUUCCGAUGGUGAACAAGUUAUUGCAGUUGGAGCUCAAUGACAGAUUGGUAGGAAACUACACUACAGAUGAGAAUGGUGAAGCUCAGUUUUCCAUUGAUACUUCCGAUAUAUUUGAUCCGGAGUUUCGUCUGAAAGCCACAUAUGUCAGACCCCAAAGCUGCUACCUUCCCAGCUGGUUAAUUCCACAGUACAUGGAUGGCCUUUUCUUAGUCCAACGCUUCUACUCACGAACCAGCAGUUUCCUGAUGAUUGAGCCUGAACCCAAGGAGCUUAGAUGCGAUCAAGAGAAGAUUGUUACUGUACAUUACUCACUAAACAGUGAAGCAUACAGGGAUGAUUCAAACAUCAACUUCUUCUAUUUGGUAAGUCUCAGUGGUGAGUCAGGAAACUUCUGGUACUCUGUCUGCUGCUCAUCUCUCUAUUUCACAGCCUGGAAGGGAAACAUCUCCUUCCCCAUCAAUAUCAGUGCUGAUCUGGCUCCUGUGGCUGUCAUGCUUGUCUACACUCUUCACCCCAAUGGGGAAAUCAUAGCUGACAGUGUCAAGUUCCAGGUGGAAAAAUGCUUUAAAAACAAGGUUAGCAUAAAGUUCUCAAAGGAGCAGGGACUACCAGGCUCCAGCACUGGUCUCCAUCUUCAGGCAUCCCCUGACUCGGUCUGUGCCCUCCGGGCUGUGGAUAAAAGCAUUCUACUGAAGUCAGAACAACAGCUGUCAGCUGAAAGUGUGUACAAUAUGCUCCCAAAUACAGAACUGGAUGGUUAUUUCUAUCGUGGUCUCAACCUUGAUGAUGGCAAGCUAGACCCUUGCAUUCCUCAGAAAGAUAUGUUUUACAAUGGCUUGUAUUAUAUACCUGUAAGCAACCAUGGGGAUGGAGACACCUAUGAUAUUCUCAAGGAUAUGGGUCUGAAAGUCUUCACCAAUCUCCAUUACCGGAAACCAGAAGUAUGUUCAACAGAGAAAAUCAUGCCAUACCGUGGGCCGCUCUAUCUAAAAUCAGGAGGAUAUUCACCCAUGUACAGUGCCCCAUUGAAAAUUGCAUCUGGUGAAGUCACAAGGGAGAAUUUUGACUCCAUAGAACAGGUUAUAAUUGAAACAGUAAGAACAAACUUUCCAGAAACAUGGAUUUGGGACCUUGUCAGCAUUGAUUCCUCCGGUUCAGCAAAUCUUUCAUUCACCAUCCCUGAUACUAUAACCCAAUGGGAAGCAAAUGGCUUCUGUGUGAACGGUGAGGCUGGAUUUGGCAUUUCAUCAACAGCUUCUCUGGAAGCCUCCCAACCUUUCUUUGUUGAAAUAACCUCCCCCUCUUCAGUUGUUCGGAAUGAACGGUCUGAUCUGAUUGUCAGUGUCUUCAGCUACCUGAAUACCUGUGUAGAGAUUUUCACUCAACUGGAAGCAUCUCAGGAUUUUGAGGCAUAUAUCAGUACCCCUAAAGACAACAGCAGUGAGAUUAUCCAAGCUGCAGAGAAAAAGACGUAUGUCUGGACUGUUACACCUAAGAACCUGGGUAAAGUGAAUAUCACCAUAGUUGCUGAGUCCAAGCAAAGUAGUGCUUGCCCAAAUGAAGCACCUGAGAGGCAGAAUCUGAACUGGAAAGAUACUGUGAUCAAAAGUCUGUUGGUACAGCCUGAAGGUAUUGAAAAAGAGAUGACUCAAAGUUUCCUUAUCUGUACACAAGGCACCAAAGUGUCCAGGCAGAUAGAUUUGAAUUUGACAAAUGAUGUCGUAGAAGGGUCAACCAGGGCCUUUUUCACUGUUGUGGGGGAUAUUCUAGGGCUUGCAAUACAGAAUCUGGAGAAUCUUUUCCAAAUGCCCUAUGGAGGUGGAGAACAGAAUAUUGCCCUGCUAGCAUCUGAUACCUACAUCCUAGACUAUCUGAAAUCUACUAAACAACUGACAGAGGAAAUUAAAUCUAAAGCUUUAUUCUUCUUAUCUAAUGGUUAUCAGAAGCAGUUGUCUUUCAAAAACUUGGAUGGUUCCUAUAGCAUGUUUUGGCAGAGGAAUCAGGAAGGAAGCAUAUGGCUCAGUGCUCUUACUUUUAAGACAUUUGCGGGAAUGAAGAAAUACGUCUUCAUUGAUGAACUGGUUCAAAGGGAGACCUUGAUCUGGCUUGCAAGCAAACAGAAAAUAGAUGGUUGCUUUAAAAGUGAUGGCAAGCUUUUCAACAACGCCUGGGAGGUUGGAGAUGAAGAGGACAUUGUACUCACUGCCUACAUCGUUGCUGCAUUCCUUGAAGCUGGACUCAAUUUCACUUUUCCUGCUCUUCGAAAUGGGCUCUUUUGCUUAGAGGAAGCCUUGGAAAAUGGUGUCAGAAAUGGCUACAACCUUGCAGUUCUAGCUUAUGCUUUUGCAUUAGCUGGAAAAGAGGAGCAAGUGAAAUCCUUACUCCGGACCCUGGAUGAAUCUGCUACAAAAUUAAGUAAGUAUUAUUUUCACUUUUCAUUGAAACAAAGCUUGGAAUGCUGCUUGUACUGUUCUGUGCAGGAUACGCCCAUCUGCCUUCUUGCCACAACCCGCUACAUGAAUUUAAUCUUCUCUGAUGAUCAAGUCACUGUCAGCUUAAGCAGUGAAGAAUUCAGCAAGAUUUUCCAGGUUAACAGUGAUAAUCACUUAUUGGUCCAACGUUCAGAACUAACAAAAGCAGGUGGACAAUACACAGUAGAUGUGGAAGGACAAGGUUGUGCAUUUAUCCAGGCUACCCUAAGGUAUAAUGUGCUGCUACCUAAGAAGGAAUCUGGAUUUUCCCUUUCCUUACAAAUAGUAAAGAAAAACUCUUCGGAUGUAUCCCAGAGUAAUUUUGACCUGACAGUAACCCUCAGGCAUAUUUAUCCCUGCCUGCCAAUUUCCUUAAAGCUUGAAAAUAAUGGCCAAGUAAUGAAGAGUGAAUUCAAGAAUGACCAUGUUCUUUUCUACCUGGAAAAUGUUUCAGGUACAGCAAAGAGUUUCACCUUCUCUGUUGAGCAAAUCAACCAUGUGGCAAACAUUCAGCCAGCCCCAGUCAUGGUCUACGAUUAUUAUGAAAAAGAUGAAUAUGCCCUUGCUUCUUACAAUAUCAACAGUGUUUCUGUUUCUCAGUGAGACAAAACAAAAUACACAAAAAAGGUAAGGAAAUCAUAUGCAUCGUGAGUUAUUAAAAACACAUCUGGUGAGAAAAUGAAAACCUAAGAAGAUAAAACAAUAGAUGAAGCAAAGAGAAGUCUCUGGUGCUUCACACGGUCUGUACAAUUAUGUACAUUAGGUAAGUACUCUGAUAGGACAGCAUUAAGAUUUUUUUAAAUAACUUUAAAGAAUUUGAAACUAUAUAUGUGCUUUUCAUAAAUGUUUCAUUUUUAAAAAACUCUUGUGUUUGUUUUAUGAGUUGAUAUGUUAUUAAUAUGUAUGUACAUAUUUUAUACACAUUAUGUGUAUGCUAAUGUGAAUUUGUGCAGGUCUGUAAAUAUGUAUUUGUUUAUCUACCUCUAUGUUCGUAUUUAUAUGUAUAUACACACAUUUAUUAAUUGUUUGAACUGUUUUUAAAUCCCAGGUAGAAAACAAUUUACUUUGAAUGAACUUAUUCUGCUGUCUCAAACCUGGAAGAAAUCCAUGAACCACGUCACAUUCUGAAUAGAGUUCACUCUGCUAUGAGUUCUUAUCACAGUUUGUUUCAUUAAAUGCUGUGAUUUUUGCA